AUGGAACUUAAAUCAAGCGGUGAUUCUCUUCAAGGUCCUGGUAUACAACGUCGCCGUGGCGCUAUUAAACAUGCUCGAAUACAUGAAAUUCGUGGACAUCAAUUUGUUGCGACAUUUUUUCGUCAACCAACAUUUUGUUCACUAUGUUCCGAUUUUAUGUGGGGCCUUAAUAAGCAAGGAUAUCAAUGUCAAUUGUGUAGUGCAGCGGUUCAUAAGAAAUGUCAUGAAAAAAUGAUCAGUCAAUGUCCUGGUUCAGCUGAAAAGACCAAAGAUACAAUUUAUUUAAAAGAACGUUUCAAAAUUGAUAUUCCACAUCGUUUUAAACCGUAUAAUUUUAAAAGUCCAACGUUUUGUGAUCAUUGUGGCUCAUUACUUUAUGGUCUUUUUAAGCAAGGACUAAAAUGUGAAGUCUGUGGCGUUGUAUGCCAUCAUAAAUGUCAACGAUAUAUGCCGAACUUAUGUGGUGUUAAUCAAAAGCAACUUUCGCAAGCAUUAUUUGAAAUUAAACGUGGUGCGCAUGGUCAAACAAGUGCUCCAGCUGGUUUUGGUGCAGUGACAUUAUCAGCUGGAUGUAAUGUACCAAUGGAAUCACGUAGCAUUUCCUCAUCAUCAUCAAAUGGUUCAACAUGCAGUGGCUAUAAAUUUCCGGAUCGUUUUAAAGCUUUUUUCCGUUAUCACAAUUAUAAUUUAGAUAAUCAUAGUGAUAAUGAAGAAUAUAUCAAUGCACCAUGGAGUACAGCAGGUGGUAUAAAAAAAUACGGGCUACAGCAUUUUAAUGUUUGCAAAGUGCUUGGAAAAGGAAGUUUUGGAAAAGUAUUAUUGGUGGAACUUAAAAAUAAGGAUGAAUAUUAUGCGAUGAAAUGUCUUAAAAAGGAUGUUAUAUUGGAAGAUGAUGAUACGGAAUGUACGUUUAUCGAACGACGUGUACUUAUUUUGUCAUCUCAAUGUCCAUUCCUUUGCCAGUUAUUCUGUUCUUUUCAAACAAAUGAAUAUUUGUUUUUUGUAAUGGAAUAUCUCAAAGGCGGUGAUCUCAUGCAUCAUAUUCAAGCAACUAAAAAAUUUGAUGAAAAUCGUUCACGAUUUUAUGCUUGUGAAAUUAUUAUUGCAUUACAGUUUCUUCAUGCACGCGGCAUUAUUUAUAGAGAUUUAAAAUUGGAUAAUAUUUUAUUGGAUUCAGAUGGGCAUAUUCAUUUGGCGGAUUUUGGUAUGUGCAAAACGGAAAUGAAUCGAGAAAAUGGUAUGGCAUCAACAUUUUGCGGUACACCGGAUUAUAUUGCACCUGAGAUAAUUAAAGGCCAAUUAUACAAUGAAGCGGUUGAUUUCUGGUCAUUUGGUGUUUUGCUCUAUGAAAUGUUAAUUGGACAAAGUCCAUUUCAUGGUGAAGGAGAGGAUGAGCUUUUUGAUUCAAUUUUAAAUGAAAGGCCAUAUUUUCCAAAAAGUAUUGGUAAAGAAGCUGCUAAAUGUUUGAGUGCGUUAUUUGAUCGUAAUCCGAAUACUCGUCUUGGUAUGCCAGAAUGUCCAGAUGGUCCAAUACGAACACAUUCAUUCUUUCGUGGUGUUGACUGGAAAAGAUAUGAAGCGCGACAAAUGCCACCUCCAUUUAAACCUUCUGUGAAAUCAGCAAACGAUAUUUCCAAUUUUGAUGAUGAUUUUACGCAGGAGAAGCCAACACUUACACCAAUUGCUGACAAAACAUUGUUAGCAUCAAUUGAUCCGGAGGCUUUCCUGAACUUUUCAUAUACGAAUCCGGAAUUUAGAUGA